AAGACCAUUGCCAGAACACCUUUCCAAUUCAUCCUCGUCUGCCUCGUCAUCACCGCCUUCUGCUGUAUGGGCAUCACCAAGUUCACCCAGGAGACGCGGACCCACAAGUUGUGGACGCCACAAAACUCAGAGUUUCUCGAAGUCAAGAAUUGGCUGGAAGAAAACGUUGUCUCUAACUUGAGAAUUAACAGAGUUAUUUACGAAGCUGAAAAUGUCCUGGAUAAAAGCAUUCUUCUAGAGAUGUUACGAGUUCAUGAGACGGUUGUAGACACUAAGACCAGAUCAGCGAUCUGGGGCAGUGUGUGCGCUAAAGUGCCCAAGUUACCGCGAGAGUUAUUAUACAGGCGAAAGCGAGACAAUGUGGAUGGGGUCGAGGAAGAUUCAGAGAUCACUGUUACCCAGAAAACUUGUGUGAAGAGCGACAUGAGACGCGUAAGGCAAGUUAACGAUAAUGAGGAUGAUGGUGAUGAUUUAGACUGGAGUUUAUUGUUACCCCGGGACCACUACUGUGAGCUCCUGGAGUCACUGCAACAAGUGUGUUUAGAAAACAACAUCCUAGAAAUAUUUGGGUAUGACCAUGACUUCAUUAGCUCUCUCACUCAACAGCAGAUCAUCAGGGACAUUAACACAGUAGACACAAGCGUUGUGGCCGGCUUCCCAGUAAAUGUUACUGGAUUCUUAGGCAACAUAGAAAGAGAUGCAGACGGACUGAUUGUUAAGGCUGGAGCCGCAAGACAUACUUGGUUCACGAAGAUCAACCACACAGCCGUUGACAAAGGAGAUAUAAAGGGUGAAGGAGCAGAAGUGGAUUCUGCAACCUAUGAUUGGGAGCAGAAAUUUGUUAAAAAUAUGGCUAAUACUAUCAAAGGGAAGAAGAACGUUUCAGUGUACUUUAUGGCCUCAUCAAGUUAUAGUAAGAUCAGUGACGAUAUCAUCUGGGUUGAUACGCAGUACAUUAUUACAGGAUUUGUUGUUAUGUUUAUAUACGUCGUUACAAUGAUUGGCAAGUUCAACAUGGUGGAACAGAGACCUGUUCUCUCUCUUCUUGGUCUUUCUUGUGUGGGGAUGGCUGUGGGUGUGUCAUGUGGAGUUUGUUCUGCUGUGAACAUUCCUUACGGACUUGGCAUCGACGACAUGUUUGUCAUCAUGCAGGCAUGGAACAAUUUGUCCCCACAAGAACAGAAGCUAGAGCUGGAUGAACGUGUUGGCUGUGCCCUUAAACAUGCCGGUGCCUCCAUCACCGUCACCUCCGUCACCGACUUUGUUGCAUUCGCUGUUGGCAGUACAACUGUGUUACCAGCGCUCAGGUCCUUCUGUCUCUACGCUGCUGUUGGUAUUGCAUCUGUUUUCUUCUUCCAGGCCACGUUAUUUGUGGCUUGUCUGUCAGUCGACCAGCGACGGCUCGAGGACAGACGUCACGGACUCUUCUGGUGCUGGAAGCUUAACAACUGGACACCCAACCAGUGCAGUCAGAUGGACCUGUGCCAGAUAUUCUUCAAUGACGUGUACGCCAAGUUUCUCUUUCUGGCGCCAGUAAAGGUCCUCGUUCUUGUUGUCACAUUAGUUCUCACUUGUGUAUCUGGCUGGGGACUCUAUAACAUUAGGCUUCAGUGUGACUUUAUCUGGUUCCUGCCACAAGAUUCAUACGUCUAUCAUUUUUAUUUGAAAGAAAGAUAUUAUUAUCAAUCUUAUGGAAGACAGGGAUCAGUAUUUUUUAGAAAUAUGAGUUUAUUCUCAGAACUGACAAAUAUUGAAGAAUUAACUGCACAAUUGAAGAAUAGUAAAAUUAUAUUAGACGUUGACAGCUGGUACGAUAAAUACAAACUCUAUUGGAGGAAACAAGGAUAUGAAGUGCCUGACCCACAACAAACGGAGGGAGAGUUUCUGGACCAACUGAGUCAAUUCCUGUAUUCUCCUAGUGGGUCACCUUACCGGGUCAGGAACUUCCGUUUCUCAUCUGAGCUCAACUGCACUCAAAAGGCCCCUACUGUGACUUUUUCUAGUAUUGAUUAUAGGCACACUUCCCUGUUAACAUCCUCGGAAGAAAUACAAGCCAUGAAGAGUGUCAGAAAGACUGUAAGAGACAUGAACUUUACUAGUUACGUUAGAGCUUGGUCAUUAGCGUAUGGAGAAUGGGAAACAAACCAGGUAAUCACGGAAGAAUUGUACCGGAACACGAGUCUAGCCCUGGCGGUGGUGUUCUUGGUGACACUCCUUUUCAUCGCCAGUUUUGUCACAAGCUUCAUGGUGGUUGUGUGUGUAGUGUUGACACUGGUGGACGUGGGGGCUCUCAUGCACUGGUGGGGACUCAGUAUCGACACAGUCUCCUGCUUUGGUCUGAUUUUGGUCACCGGGUUGUGUGUUGACUACGCUGCUCAUGUUGGUCACACCUUCAUGACCAAGACUGGCACCAGAGACGAUCGAGCUAGAAAGACUGUGUCCACCAUCGGUCCAGCUGUCCUCAACGGCGGCUUCAGCACCUUCCUCUCCUUCAUCUUCUUGGCUAACACACGCUCACACGUCUUCCAAACCUUCUUUAAGGUAAGAGUUUUUAUUUUACUGCGUGGACAAACACAACCAAAUAGCCAUUAG